AUGCGGGCGUCGGUCCUGAACGUGUCGCUGAACUGGACGGCGGCGCGUCCGGGCGGGUGGUCCGAGCCCGGGUCCGGGUCCGGGUCCGGGUCCGGGUCCGGGCCCCGGCUCAACGUGGCCCUGUUCGGCUGCACGCUGGUCCUGAGCCUGGGCGCGCUGGUGGGCGGCCUGUACCAGCUGGGCCGCCUGCGGCGGGGCCGGCGGCGCCCGACGGCCGUGGGCCUGCUGGUGGCCGCCUGGGCGGUGGCCGACCUGGUCGGGGCGGCGUCGGGGGGCAUGUUCCUGGCCCUGCAGUGGGGCGGGCCCGGCGGCGGGGGGGCCCUGUGCCCGGCCGCCGCCCUGCUCUACCUGGUCCAGGGGCUGGCGAGCAGCCUGCAGGCGCCCGUGGUGGCGGGCUACCACCUGGGCCGCGGGCGGGGGCCCGGCGGGGGGCCGGCCUGGGCCCGGGCCGCCCUGGGGGCCGUGCCCGCCGUCUGGGGGCUCAGCCUGGCCCUCUGCCUGCCGCCGCUGGCCGGCUGGGGGGCCUUCGUGCCCACGCCCUGGGGCUGCCUGCUGGACCGCUCCAGCGGCCAGGCCCUGGUCCUGGUGGCCGCCUACGGGCUGGCCUUCGCCCUGCUCAGCGCCCUGGCCGUCCCGCUCACCCACCGGCUGCUCUGCUCCGACCAGGACCGGCCCGGGAGCCCCGGCCCCCUCCGGACGGGCACCGGCGCCCCGACGGGGCGGCCCGCGCUCCGGGGCCCCUCCGCCCACCGCCUCGCCGCCGUGGGCUUCGCCCAGAAGCGAUUCUCGCUGAUUCUGGCCUUGACCAAAGUCGUCCUCUGGCUCCCGAUGAUGAUCCAGAUAUUAGUCCAGCACAUCGGGGGCUAUCAGACCUCUCCCUUCGAGAUACUCAGUUUUCUGCUGACUCUGCUGGCUGCUACGGUCACACCCGUGUUUGUGCUGUCCGAACACUGGAUCCACUUGCCAUGUGGGUGCAUCAUUAAUUGCAGGAGGAACGCCUACCCCGUGGCCUCGGAGGAAAGCAAAGCCAAAAGAAGAGGUUUUAAAUUCAGUUUAUCAUUUCAACAAGGUUAUGGGAUUUACAAGAUAGCCCACGACAAUCUCCGUGACGAGGAUGAAAACUCUGUUUCAUAUCACAACCUGAUCAGCUGUGAGAGUGAAACCCCCAGAGAGACUCUGAAAGACAGCAGCAAGCUCUUCCAAGCUCAGCCCGAGGAGGUCAGGACCACAUUGGUCCAGGACAGCUCCAUCCUAAAGGACACGGACAGGGGCACCACAACUAGCAGUUCCGACACUAAGCAAGACACGGACGAAGACAAGGCCGCAGAAGGGGUAUUGACAGACAAGACCAGAACAUUUAGAAGGGAAGAGUCCAGCAAUUUUGAAAAGACCACCAGUUUGGAAGGGCCGGAGAGGAGGCUUUCUCAUGAAGAGAGUCGCAAGCCUGAACUUUCAGACUGGGAAUGGUGCAGGAGCAAAUCUGAAAGGACACCCCGCCAGGAAACCAAAGAUCCUACUGCAAGUUUAUUACAGACAUAUUUGCCUUUCUCUAUGGAUAUGAAGAGCUUCCAGGAUCUUCGUUCGGGUGGAGCUCUGGCCAUUCCACUCUGUGCAUUUCAGGGGACUGUCUCUCUUCACGCCCCUACGGGGAAAACCCUCUCUCUGUCCACCUAUGAGGUAAGCACUGAAGGGCAAAAAAUUACUCCAACCUCAAAGAAGAUCGAAGUCUACCGAUCCAAGAGCGUGGGCCACGAGCCAAGCCCAGAAGAUUUACCAACGACAUUUGCCGACACCAGUGUGAAAAUCCAUUUGGAGGUCCUCGAAAUUUGUGAUAACGAAGAGGCUAUGGAUACCGUGUCAAUUAUCAGUAACAUCAGUCAGUCAUCUACUCAAGUCAGGUCUCCCUCCUUGCGCUAUUCAAGGAAAGAAAAUCGAUUUGUUUCGUGUGAUUUAGGUGAAUCUGCCUCAUACUCACUAUUCAUACCAACAAACAAUCCCGACAGUGAUAUUAAUAUUUCCAUUCCAGACACUGUUGAAGCACAUAGGCAAAACAGUAAAAAACAGCAUCUGGAGAGAGAUGGUUAUCAGGAAGAAAUCCAGUUGUUAAAUAAGGCUUACAGGAAAAGAGAGGGAGAUGAUAACUGUAAUUAGCAGACAAAGAAUUUCAAAAAUCUAAAAAGAAUGGCUCUGUCCUGCCAAACUUCUAAGUUAAUGACUACUUCCUUCAUGUGAUUUGGUUUAUUUUAGUUUUUGUCCAUCUAUUAGACAGAUUUAAAUAUUAUUCUUUUUAGUGAAAACAGUUUAGUCAAUGCUCUUGAAGUGUUGACUCUAAGAUCACAACACUGUGGUAAAAAGAGGUUUUCUUUGUCAACAAAGAUAAUUUCUAAAACUCUUUCUUAGUAGAGGCUUAUCAAUAUAGCUUUUGUGGUUUGUCUGUGGUAGACAACCCCCUCAGGGUAAACUGAGAACUGAAGAAACUGGGUGAUCAGUUUGCCCCAGGACAGCCAAGUCUCCAGCUGUGUAACUGUGACCUUCUAUUGCUAUUGUUUGAGAGAAUUGUAUGAGGGUAGGUGCUUUUCAGUUGAUGGUGUAUUUGGAGGGAGGAAACUGUAACAACAUCCUGAGGUAAACUUGGAAAUGACAAACGAUAGCAAACUUAAGACAGCCACUGUUUCAGCUUCAUAUAACUGUCUGUUGGUCACAGUCACACUGGAAAUUAGAAAAUCAGCUUUCAAUCUGGUACCUGAACUGUGACCGUAGACGUUCUGUAAAUAAUCACUCCACGCUUUUCUUCAAAAUGCAACUUACUUAUGCUGAUAUUUUUUCCUUUUGUUCCAAGUCUGCCAGGGUUAUCUUUUUAUUCCCUUCCAUGUUUAAAGAUCCUGGAAUUUUCAACAGUAUGUACAGCAUUGUGUGUUUCAGGCGUGGCUGGACACUUUGUUGAAAGGGAAAAUGCACUCUAAAGGGUGCUGUGCCAUAAAGAAUCUCAAAUAUUGUUUGUGACAAAUUAUAAUCAUGCACUGAACCAUGCUGGAUAGUGGAGCCUUCUGUACUGGGAAGAGGAAGGAGAGAGUGGGCUCCAGGAGCAACAGUUCACUCACUCACAGAUUUAGAGAUGCCUUUCAGUAUAGAAGUCCGGGGUACUUGCCAACUCUUUGAAACCGAAGAAUCGGUUCAGAGUUUAACAAUGGUAGUGUAGUACUAAUAAUAUUUAUUAAGGGCCUAAAGUGUGCAGAGUACUGUACUGUGGGUUGGGAAAAAAAUAUACUAGGGGGCUCAUAAUCCAAGAAUAAAGUAGGGGAGGGUUUGGCAAUGACACAAUUGGAAAGAUGAAAUGAUGUAAGUACAAAAAAAGCAUAAAAUACCAAGUUCAGAGUCCAAGAACUUGGGAGUUAAGAUGACUGGUAGAGGCCUCAAGUGCCCAGGUUAUCAUGAAUCCAUUCACAACCCGAGCUUCCCAACAUUCUCAAACUUUCAGAGGCUUCAUGCUGCCACAGCUAGGAAUCGCUCAGCCCCACAGGCUUGGGGGUGCUGGGAGCAGGGGUACGCAGGAAAGACAGCUGGUGUUACUGAUGGUUUUCCUAGGGCAGGUGGGAAGAGUACAGCAGGAAAGGCUGGGUAUCACCUUAUUGUCUGGACCAUAGAGGAGAGCCCCUCCACAAGGCUGGAGGGAGCACAUAGACAAGCGCAAUAAUCAUCCUGGCAAGCUGGGCCAACACCAUGGCAACUGCCAUCAUCAUUGCCACUGCUUCACAGCUGCUUCCAGCUGUUGGUAUUUUUUGUUGGUAUUUUUUAAGUAUUUUUAAAGUGUUUACUAUGCGUCGAGCAUUGUUCUAAGCACUG